UUUGGGCGUGAACGCGUGUGUUUGUAUACAAACCACGAGGUUGUACAGUGCGUGCGCGUAAACCACAUGGCCACACACACCCAAUCCUGCUUCACUACAGAUCGCGUCCGCGUAUUUUCACGCACUAAAAUGUUCUUAGAUAUGUGAUAAUCUACUCGUACGAGGAUUUUGAUUGUUUUUGUCGGCGACAUUUCCAAGCCUGAGAUCAUUUUCUGCCGUCAUUUCAAGUCGGUGACUCACAAAAAUCGGACCAUCUCGGACGGAGUGUGCAGUACAGUACAAGGAAAAUACAUCAGUGAAGAGUGCUACACAUCAGCCUUGAAGAUACAAUGGGGGCACGGCUUUACAGCGGAGGAUUGUCGUCGAUAAUCCUUGCAGUUCUAGUCGUCAUAACAUUCCACAUGAGGGAUGCAGCAGUAGAUGCCUCGGUAUCGGUCAGUCUGAAACUGCGCUCUUACAGCAACCCGUCGAAUCGGGAAUCGGACGGAGAUUGUUGCGACGACUUCUGGGGUAGCUGCUCCAACAAAUGCGACACUAAAUUUAUCAUAUGUCUGCACCGUCCGGAUUCAUCCACAGCAUAUCAUCUGUGCCAAUACGGAUUAAUGAUAACGGGCAAUGUAGCCCCUGACCAAGAUGUCUUCAAUUUCCCCUCCACUAUCCCAAACGGAAUUGCUAAUCCUAUCAGAAGGAACCUGCCUUCAUGGCCUGGUGGUAUCCGAAUCAAGAUUGAUGUUUGGGAUGAUGACAACAACAGUGAUGACCACGUUGAUUCGUUCUUCAAGAAUCUGAACGUGGCAGCCGCAUCCAGCGAAGAGACAGCUUCGGCAACUUCGUUCACACUGACCGGACCGGGAUAUGCCUCAAUGGUAGUUGAGCUAACAGCUUACUGUGAUCCAACAUUCUACGGAUCUUCCUGCAACGUACGCUGCGUGCCUCAAGACAGUGAUGCAGAAGGCCACUACACCUGCGACGAAACUACAGGUGCUAAAGUUUGCCGUCCUGGUUACUCCGGCGACCUGUGUAAAGAUAACAUCGAUGAAUGUUCUUCUGCACCUUGUCAGAACGGCGGAAGUUGCAACGAUGGUGUCAGUGGGUAUCAGUGUUCCUGCAAUGCAGGAUAUACCGGCAUGAACUGUGAAAUCGACAUAGAUGAGUGUGCCAGCUCACCGUGCCUGAACCAAGCCGCCUGCAUCGAUCAGCCCAACAGCUACACGUGUCGCUGUUUACCAGGCUAUGAUGGCACCCACUGUGAAAACGACAUUGACGAAUGUGCAAGUUCACCUUGCCUGUACGACGGCAGCUGCACCAACCUGAUUGGGCGAUUCUCAUGCAAUUGCACGGUGGGUUACCAUGGCGACAGGUGCGAGAUGGAUCUGGACGAGUGUCUGUCUGACCCGUGUGAGAAUGGCGCCACCUGCACUCACGGCAUCGGUAGCUUCUCAUGUCUGUGUCUUGAAGGCUUCGAGGGACAUCGCUGUGAGAUGAACAUUGAUGAGUGUGCUAGCAAUCCUUGCCAUGCUGAAUCAAGCUGCGUAGAUAAUGUCAAUGGCUAUGAGUGUCUGUGCACUGAAGGCUUCGCCGGUCCAACUUGUCAUGUGAACGUUGACGACUGUGCUAACGAUCCUUGUCAACAUUCAGGUACCUGCAUUGACGGCAUCAACUCCUUCCAGUGUGUAUGCACUUCAGGGUACGAAGGGGAGUUCUGUCAGACCAACAUUGAUGAAUGCGUUAGUUCACCUUGUCAGCAUAAUGGCACUUGUGUGGAUGGAGUUGACAGGUUUGACUGUGUUUGUGCAGAAGGGUUUGAAGGACUGUUCUGUCAGGAUGAAAUUGAUGCAUGUCUCAGUGAACCUUGUCGGAACGGCGCCACGUGCAGUAGCGCGAGGGGUCAGUUCCGAUGUGCGUGCCCUGCUGGGUACGCAGGGGUUGACUGUCAGGAGAACAUUGAUGAGUGUCUGAGUUCGCCGUGUCAGAAUAACGCAACGUGCGUUGAUGGAAUUGCUAACUUUAACUGCAUUUGUCCUGCUGGGUUCUCAGGAGAGAACUGUGGCGUGAACGUUGACGAGUGUCAAUCAAAUCCUUGUUUGAAUGGUGCCACUUGUGUUGACGGUGUCAAUGGGUUCAUGUGUCUGUGUUCUCUUGGGUAUUUGGGACGGACGUGCCAGACGAACGUUGAUGAGUGUUUGUCACGGCCUUGCAUGAAUGGCGGCACAUGUGUCGAUGAUGUGGGGAUGUUUCACUGCGAUUGCCCAGCCGGUUUCUUUGGCCUGACUUGCGAGACCAAUAUCAAUGAGUGCGAGAGUAGCCCAUGUCUGAACAAUGCAACCUGUGUCGAUAACCACGGUCAUUACGUGUGCAACUGUGUUCUCGGCUUUGAAGGAAUCCACUGUGAAACAGACGUUAAUGAGUGUACAUCCCAACCUUGCCAGAAUGGCGCCACGUGCUUGGACCAAAUUGGUAACUUCACGUGUGAGUGCCCCAUGGGAUUCGUAGGCAGACGCUGUGAAACUGAUCUGGAUGAGUGUGAGAGCCGACCCUGCCAGAAUGGCGCAACCUGUGUUGACCACCCUGGUGGCUUUACUUGUUCCUGUGCUGUUGGAUUCGAAGGACCAUCUUGCCAAAUUAACAUCGACGAGUGUGUCAGUCACCCUUGCCUGAAUGAUGGCAGCUGCGUCGAUGCUGUUGAUGGCUUCCACUGCAUGUGUCCUGCUGGGUACGGCGGUGACCUUUGCCAGACCAAUAUCGAUGAAUGUGCCAGCAUGCCCUGCCAGAAUGGCGCGUCUUGCACAGACCUUUUGAACGGCUAUGAGUGCAUCUGUGUAGUAGGAUUCAGCGGGGUCACAUGCCAGACGAAUGUAGACGAAUGCCUCAGCCAACCUUGUGUGAACGGAGCCACCUGCUAUGACCUGGUCAACGGUUACCAGUGCGGCUGCCGUCGCGGAUUCAUCGGGGUGAACUGCGAGAUGAGUGCUGAUGACUGCAGCCACCAUCCAUGCAUGCACAACGGCACCUGCAACGACGGGCUGAAUGAAUAUAACUGCACCUGCUUGCCUGGCUUCAUGGGAAUCAACUGUGAACUGAACAUCAAUGAAUGUGAGAGUAACCCUUGCGAGAAUGGAGGCACUUGUGUGGACGAGACGAACAGUUAUGUCUGCGUCUGCAGUGCAGCCUUCAAGGGCAUCACCUGCCAGUCUCCUGUCAUCACUUGCUUGGACUGGGAGUGUCAGAACCAGGGGACGUGUGUUGAGACAGGUGGUGGCCAGCCUCGGUGCGACUGCCAAGUGGGGACGUCGGGGGAACACUGCGAGAUUAACAUGGAUGAAUGUCUGAGCUCUCCUUGCUUGAAUGGUGGCACCUGCCAGGACCUCAUUAAUGCAUACAGCUGUGAAUGUGACAUGCAGUACACCGGCCUACACUGUGAGACCCUACGUCCUGCCAGUCCUUGCGUAUCUUCGCCGUGUGUCAACGGGUCCUGCAUUGAGUCCUUGUCACGGCAGAUGUUCCACUGUUCAUGCAAGCCUUUCAUCAUUGGACAAUUCUGCGAUGAAGUUGAUGAAGCGAAGGUGUUGUUUACUCUUCAACUCAACGGACACCUGACGCACACGCCCUCUAUAGCUCAUCGUCUGCAGCGGGUCAUUGAGGUCAGAAUGAAAGGCAGUGACCCCGUUGGGCCCGUCGAGGUCACCGUCAUCUCCAUGGAAGAAGCAAACUCCUUGCUUUCAAAUGCUCCAUAUACCACCGUGAGGUUCUAUGCAACUUUCAACGGCACUCUCCAACCAUCACAACAACUCCAGGACGUCUUCCAGAGUGCUUCCUCCCAAGACGUGGAACUUCUCCUCUCACCCUAUAAGGUUUUCAAGGAGAAACCACUGUCGGUCGCAGAAAAGAGUAAAUCGGAUCGCAGCAACAAAGACAGCAAGUCGUGGUUGUCUCUGCAUUGGUACAUCAUUCCAAUCGUCGUCUUAUUCCUGCUUGUGUUGAUACUGCUGCUGGUUGCGAGAAGUCUUUACAAGAGGCGACGUCGAGGGGAUUUCAUCCGUAGCGGUAACAUGACGGCGAACUUCGCCAACCCGGUGUACGCGCAGUACGCCCCGGCCCAUACCGAGGACCACGACCCCUGCGUGGUGUCCAUGGGAGGACAGAAGUUUAUCAGCGGCACCGUUGUCAUGGACAACGAUUUUACCGACGUCCGACUAAGUAACGGAUCGACGACCAUGUCCACAUUUGGCCCGACCUGAGAGAGAAAAAAUGUUACGGGUGUAAUGUUCUAAUUACUGACAGCGCAAUUGCUAUGACUAUUUGUACUUAAAAUCUGAGUCUUCCUCAAAGCAAACGGACUUUUAACAACAGAAAAUUUCUCUGUUGACUAUCAAACCAGCCUUUUUGUAAAGAAACUGAAUGCUGUAUGUUAUGUUUGAUGUAGUUAAUACCAGCAAAAUGUGCAAAUAAAAUGAAUGUAAAAUGCCUUCCAAAUGUCCUUAAAAACUCAGCAUAAAAUAUUAGUUCCUCAAAACACUACAUUUAUAUUUCUUGUCUGAAAGUUGAAAUUAUUGUAGUUUUCGUAAUGGUUGAGUAACGUUACAGUCCACAGUAUGUAAUGUCUGAAUCCUGUAAAAUGUUGCACCAAUUUGUUUUUGUCACACCCUACCCAAAGUAUAGGCAUUAUCUUGUGCCGAUACAGCUGAAAUCUGAAAUACUUGAAACCCAAACGUUUACUGUCAAUAUUAUUUAUUAUAAUACUGUAAAUCGCAAGUAGGAAGUUGUAAAUAAUAAUAAUAAUUGUUUCAAAAAUACACAUAGGCCUAGCUCAGUGUAGAAACUUGAUAUUGUUUGAUAUGUCGUUAAUUAUUGUUACGGACGAAUCCAACCGUGUCAGAACUGAACUUAAUGAGCUUACGUGACUUUCUGUAUACUGAA